AUGUCUUGUUCGAUGUGGGCAUCAUAUUCGCAUCUUGAUGCUGUGCCCCGUCUCUACCCCUGCUCACCAGCAAUGUCCCGCUCAGUGAUCCAGCCCCUGAGUGCAGGGGCCAAUGCCCCAGAGGCAUUGUCCCUCCUGGAGCCCGUGGAGAGGGACCCCAUUCAGCGUCCCGCUAGCCCCCUGAAGAUGCACCGUGCCCUGAGAGAACCCGGAGGAGAAGGGUUACUGUGGCGCCAGUGUUAUGGGCUAGUGAGCAGGGUAUGUCACAUGGAGAGCCUCCUGCAGACCCUCAAGCUCACCACCUUUCGCUUGGAGACUGAGAGAGACCUGGAUCCCUUACACUCAGGUAAUGGGCUUUGACAACCUGCAUCAAAACAAUGUCACAAUAAACACAUUAGGGAACAUACAGUGGCUUGCAAAAGUAUCACCCCCCUUGGCAUUUUUCCUAUUUUGUUGCCUUACAACCUGGAAUUAAAAUUGAUUUUUGGGGGGUUGUAUAAUUUGAUUUACACAUCAUGCCUACCACUUUGAAGAUGCAAAAUAUUUUUUUUGGGGAAACAAACAAGAAAUAAGACACAAAAAACUGAACUUGAGCGUUCAUAACUAUUCACCCCCCCAAAGUCAUACUUUGUAGAGCCACCUUUUGCAGCAAUUACAGCUGCAAGUCUCUUGGGGUAUGUCUCUAUAAGCUUGGCACAUCUAGCCACUGGGAUUUUGCCCAUUCUUCAAGGCAAAACUGCUCCAGCUCCUUCAAGUUGGAUGGGUUCCGCUGGUGUACAGCAAUCUUUGUCAUACCACAGAUUCUCAAUUGGAUUGAGGUCUGGGCUUUGACUAGGCCAUUCCAAGACAUUUAAAUGUUUCCCCUUAAACCACUCAAGUGUUGCUUUAGCAGUAUGCUUAGGGUCAUUGUCCUGCUGGAAGACGAACCUCCGUCCCAGUCUCAAAUCUCUGGAAGACUGAAACAGGUUUCCCUCAAGAAUUUCCCUGUAUUUAGCGCCAUCCAGCAUUCCUUCAAUUCUGACCUGUUUCCCAGUCCCUGCCGAUGAAAAACAUCCCCACAGCAUGAUGCUGCCACCACCAUGCUUCACUGUGGGGAUGGUGUUCUCGGGGUGAUGAGAGGUGUUGGGUUUGCCACAGACAUAGCAUUUUCCUUGAUGGCCAAAAAGCUCCAUUUGAGUCUCAUCUGACCGGAGAACCUUCUUCCAUAUGUUUGGGGAGUCUCCCACAUGCCUUUUGGCAAAAUGUGUUUGCUUAUUUUUUCUUGAAGCAAUGGCUUUUUUUCUGGACACUCUUCUGUAAAGUCCAGCUCUGUGGAGUGUACAGCUUAAAGUGGUCCUAUGGACAGAUACUCCAAUCUCUGCGGUAGAGCUUUGCAGCUCCUUCAGGGUUAUCUUUGGUCUCUUUGUUUGCCUCUGAUUAAUGCCCUCCUUGCCUGGUCUGUGAGUUUUGGUGGCCUGCCCUCUCUUGGCAGGUUUGUGUGUGGUGCCAUAUUCUUUUUAUUUUUAAUAAUGGAUUUAAUGGUGCUCCGUGGGAUGUUCAACGUUUCUGAUAUUUUUUUAUAACCCAACCCUGAUUUGUACUUCUCCACAACUCUGUCCUGACCUGUUUAGAGAGCUCUUUGGUCUUCAUGGUGCCGCUUGCUUGGUGGUGUUGCAGACUCUGGGGCCUUUCACAACAGGUGUAUAUAUACUGAGAUCAUGUGACAGAUCAUGUGACACUUAGAUUGCACACAGGUGGACUUUAUUUCACUAAUUAUGUGACUUCUGAAGGUAAUUGGUUGCACCAGAUCUCAUUUAGGGGCUUCAUAGCAAAGGGGGUGAAUACAUAUGCACACACCACUUUUCCGUUAUUUAUUUUUAGAAUUUCUUGAAACAAGUUAUUUUUUUUCAUUUCACUUCAACAAUUUGGUCCAAUUCAUGUCCAUUACAUGAAAUCCAAAUAAAAAUCAAUUUAAAUUACAGGUUGUAAUGCAACAAAAUAGGAAAAACGCCAAGGGGGAUGAAUACUUUUGCAGCUUAUAAAGUUGGUAAGUUUCUCUUUGCUAAUGACUUGUCAACACCAGUCUGUCCCAUUUGUCUCGAUUAGUCUGUCUCUUAUUUCCUAUCCACAUCUGUCCCUCUGUCUGCCUGUGCAGCCCGUCUGAAAGAGCAGCUGUCUGCGCUGCAGCAGGAGAGUGAUGAGGAGCAGCGGGCCUCCAGAAGGGAGGUGAUGCGGCCAGGCCUGCCUGGACAGGGACGAGUCCCGAGAGGAGGUGCAGAGACUGGGGGAGGCCCUGGAGGUUGCCACCGCCUCCAAGGUACCCGGACCCUCCACAUCCCAUCUCUCUUCAACACACAACAGUCUUUAUGUCAGCGUUUACCCACCUUUUUUUUACUAAUACAACCCAGAUGAUGAGUAUAUGGCAAAUCUAGCCAUUUUCUGAUAUUUAGAUAAUAACCCUAACAGUUCUGGUAUUGUUGUUGCAGAUGGAUGUGGCUCUGGCUGCAGAGGAGCUGAAGAUGGUCAAAGUCCAGAUGAGUGAGAAGCUGCUGCAGGUGCGGUCACUGUAGGGGCAUCAUGGGACAGGGUGGUGGAGUAGGGGAUGUCACAUGGCCAUCUGACAGAGAAGAGAGUACAUGACGCUUGAUACACCUGUUUACCUAAACCAAACAACCCUUCAACUCUAAUGACCCUGACCUUUUUAGCUGAAGGAUCAGAUGUCCCAGGAGUCUGCUCGGUCUUUUCAGAACGAGAAACCCCACAGUGCACUGCUCCAGAGGGUGGAGGAGAUGGAGAGAGUGGUGGAGAAGGAGAGAAGACAGGUACAGUAGGUGUGACGUAAUACAGAUUGAGGAAAAGAAAAAGAAAACAGAGAACCAUGAUAUCCUGUCCCUCUCUGCCCCCAGGCCCAGACAGUGCAGGCAGACUGCCAUGCCCUGCGUUCUGAUGGACAGGCCACCAGACAGGGACUAGAAGAGGAGAAGGACAGAGGCCACAGGCUGCAGGAGCAAUGUGAGCAGCUCAAAGGGCAGGCAGGUCAGCAACACUGCAUUAUGGGAGUUUAAGUUUCUCUGGAUGUUUUAUAUUAUGCUGUACAGUGUGGUCCAUCAUUUGAUAUGUUAGUGUUCCUGAAUGACAGAUUUCAUGUAGACAAUUACAGUGGGGAAAAAAAAGUAUUUAGUCAGCCACCAAUUGUGCAAGUUCUCCCACUUAAAAAGAUGAGAGGCCUGUAAUUUUCAUCAUAGGUACACGUCAACUAUGACAGACAAAUUGAGAGAAAUAAAAUCCAGAAAAUCACAUUGUAGGAUUUUUAAUGAAUUUAUUUGCAAAUUAUGGUGGAAAUAAGUAUUUGGUCACCUACAAACAAGCAAGAUUUCUGGCUCUCACAGACCUGUAACUUCUUCUUUAAGAGGCUCCUCUGUCCUCCACUCGUUACCUGUAUUAUGGCCCCUGUUUGAACUUGUUAUCAGUAUAAAAGACACCUGUCCACAACCUCAAACAGUCACACUCCAAACUCCACUAUGGCCAAGACCAAAGAGCUGUCAAAGGACACCAGAAACAAAAUUGUAGACCUGCACCAGGCUGGGAAGACUGAAUCUGCAAUAGGUAAGCAGCUUGGUUUGAAGAAAUCAACUGUGGGAGCAAUAUUAGGAAAUGGAAGACAUACAAUCUCCCUCGAUCUGGGGCUCCACGCAAGAUCUCACCCCGUGGGGUCAAAAUGAUCACAAGAACGGUGAGCAAAAAUCCUAGAACCACACGGGGGGACCUAGUGAAUGACCUGCAGAGAGCUGGGACCAAAGUAACAAAGCCUACCAUCAGUAACACACUACGCCGCCAGGGACUCAAAUCCUGCAGUGCUAGACGUGUCCCCCUGCUUAAGCCAGUACAUGUCCAGGCCUGUCUGAAGUUUGCUAGAGUGCAUUUGGAUGAUCCAGAAGAGGAUUGGGAGAAUGUCAUAUGGUCAGAUGAAACCAAAAUAUAACUUUUUGGUAAAAACUCAACUCGUCGUGUUUGGAGGACAAAGAAUGCUGAGUUGCAUCCAAAGAACACCAUACCUACUGUGAAGCAUGGGGGUGGAAACAUCAUGCUUUGGGGCUGUCUUUCUGCAAAGGGACCAGGAUGACUGAUCCGUGUAAAGGAAAGAAUGAAUGGGGCCAUGUAUCGUGAGAUUUGAGUGAAAACCUCCUUCCAUCAGCAAGGGCAUUGAAAAUGAAACGUGGCUGGGUCUUUCAGCAUGACAAUGAUCCCAAACACACCGCCCGGGCAACGAAGGAGUGGCUUCGUAAGAAGCAUUUCAAGGUCCUGGAGUGGCCUAGCCAGUCUCCAGAUCUCAACCCCAUAGAAAAUCUUUGGAGGGAGUUGAAAGUCUGUGUUGCCCAGCGACAGCCCCAAACCAUCACUGCUCUAGAGGAGAUCUGCAUGGAGGAAUGGGCCAAAAUACCAGCAACAGUGUGUGAAAACCUUGUGAAGACUUACAGAAAACGUUUGACCUGUGUCAUUGCCAACAAAGGGUAUAUAACAAAGUAUUGAGAAAGUUUUGUUAUUGACCAAAUACUUAUUUUCCACCAUAAUUUGCAAAUAAAUUCAUUAAAAAUCCUACAAUGUGAUUUUCUGGAUUUUUUUCCCUCAUUUUGUCUCUCAUAGUUGACGUGUACCUAUGAUGAAAAUUACAGGCCUCCUCAUCUUUUUAAGUGGGAGAACUUGCACAAUUGGUGGCUGACUAAAUACUUUUUUCCCCACUGUAAAUGGUUGAUCGCUUCAUCCUUUUACAGAGGUGAAGAGACUCUUGUUUUGGAGUUGACAGGUGAACUAAAAGUAAGUGCCAGCACUUGAGUGAUAUCAAUCAACUGUGUUGAAUGUGUGUACCUGAGUGUGUAUUGUGUGUGUACCUGAUUGUGUAUGCAGAUUGUGUGUGUUAAUUAGUGUGUAUUGUGUAUGCAGAUGCACGACUAGCCCUGCAGCAGCAGGAGAACAGCAGGUACUGAGAGAUGGAGAUCUGAGGACUGCAGCUGACAAAGUCCCAGGUCAGUGGCCCACCUCAGAAUAUACAUACUAGGGCUGAACGAUUAAUUGCAUUCGCGAUAAUAUCGCGAUUUGACUGAACGCGAUUUUCUAAUCGCAACGUGCGCGAUUUGAGGUGGUCACGUGACGCGACUUUCAUGCUGUCCAGCGCAAUGGCCUCUUGCUCGACGGAACAGUCAGAAACUGACACAGCUGAUACUUUAAUAUCGAAGAGGAACAGCACGUCGGUGGUGUGGAACUAUUUUGGUUUUAUAAAAAGAAGAUGCUGAGCAGCGUCAGGUGUUGUGCAGAGCAUGCCGUGCUCCGAUUGCUACUUCACGGGGUAACACUACACAACCUGUUUCAGCACUUAAAAAAAUACCACAAAUCAGCAUGACAGUUGUAUGACCAAAAUGCCGAGCAUCAGUGCGCGAGACAAGCCAAAUACCUCAAGACAGGGAUCACUGACAGAAUGUUCGAAAGUGUCACUCCGUAUGAACGUAAUUCAAAACGGCACGGAGAAAUCACUCGGACAAUAACCGAGUUCAUAGCCAAAGAUAUGAUGCCUCUCAGCACGGUGACCAAGCCUGGGUUCAUGCAUUAUACAUACGCUUGAUAAACGUACAGUAUACCCUCCCGCACAUACUUCAGUCAGACUGCCAUACCGGAGCUGUACAAAAAGUGCAAAGAGAAAGUCGCCGCGGAACUUAAAACGGUGGAGUUUUUUGCUAGCACUACUGAUAUGUGGUCAAGCCGCACAGCUGAGCCGUACCAGAGUCUUACAGUCCAUUUUAUUGAUGAAGAUUUCAACUCCGAGCUCGCUGCCUACAAACUACCUACUUCCCAGACGAUCACACAGGGGAAAAUAUUGCAGCCGGCCUGAGAGAAGGGCUUGUCAGCUGGGAUCUCCACGAGGAGAAUCACGUCUGCAUCACGACGGACAACGGUCGAAUAUGGUGCUUGCUGCGCGCUUAAUGAAUGGACGAGGCUCCAAUGUUUUGGCCACAGAUUACAUCUUGCCAUUGGUAAGUUACGUGUGCGUGUUGUGUGUGUGGUGGUGUGUGUGUGUGUGUGUGUGUGUGUUUGGUGUGUGUGUUUGUGUGUGCGCGAGUGCGAGAGAGAGAGAUGCGUCGAUUAGUAAAGCUGAAUAUACAAAUAUAUAUAAAUGAAUUAUAUAAAUCGGAUGGGAUUAAAUAAAUUCAUAACUUCCACUCCUUUUCUAAUAUGUAAAUUCAUUUUACUUGCUUAUAUCAUAUGUCUGUCUGUGGUGGAAUGCCCACCUGCAUUUUUUUUCUUUCUUGUUUUUGUUUUUUACAUGUUUUUUAGUGUUUAUGAGGAGAGAGAGAAAGAGAGAGAGAAUUGACAUGCAAAUAAAGACCCUUUGAAUUGAGAGAGAGAGAGAGGAUGUGUGUUGGAGUGUGUAUUUCAGAAUUACAGCUAAUUUGAGGUGUGUAAUAGUGAGAGCCUUGAUCAAAACUCAAAUUUGUGUAUACACUACUUUUUAUUUCUUUUAGAAAAUGCACUCAAAGAUGACAGAGUGUCAAGGGCAACAGCACUGUGCAGGAAGCUGGGGGGCACUUUUUCCCACAGUUGGAAGAAGAAAGCAGCCCUGACGGAGGCACAGAGAGAGCUCAAAUCCCUGAGCACAACCUCAUAACGGAGUGCCCAACAAGAUGGGUUCUAAAGAAAUGAUGAUUGCCAGAGUGCUUGAACAGGCAAAGCCAUUUCUCAGGUAUUGUCUGGAGAUCGAUAUGCACGCUCCCUUAUCCCAACCUGGCAGGAUAUUGACGUGUUGGAGUCGAUUCACAAGGCACUGCAUCCUCUACUGGAGUUUACUGAUGCUCUUUCUGGAGAGGAGUAUGUAAGCAUCUCCUACCUCAAGCCAGUUCUCCACCUUUUUGCCACAUCAGUCCUGGCUGAAGAUGCUGAGGACACUGACCUGACUAAAUCAAUAAAAACCAAAGUCCUAGCAUACUCAAUAACAAAUAUGGAGACCCAAACAUCCAGGAGCUUUGGAUGUUGCCUGUUUCCUGGACCCUAGGUUCAAAAUACAGUACAUCAGUACAGACAACAUCCCUGCUAUCAAGACUCGUCUGAAGACAGAGAUAGUAGACUUGGCACAACGUACAUAUCAUUGGGUAAAUAAUUAUGUAUUUCACAAAAACAAAAAUUUUCUGUAAAUCUAACUGGAAAACUAAUGGCUGUUGUUUUCAUCUAAUAGGAGAAGAGGUCUCGUACUGAAACUGUUCAGAUGCCUCAAAGUGCACAGUCCUUGGGGGAAAAGACGAAGAGGUCUCUUGGCAGUUUUUUCAAGACCAGUUCAGCCUCUCCUUCUUUGCCUGUAAAUCUUGAAGAUGUCGCAGAGGCAGAGAUAAACAAUUACCUGAUGACUCCUACCAUUGAUGGAGAAGAUGAUCCAUUGGCUUGGUGGAGGGUGCACAAGAUCAGCUACCACAGUUGUGCACCAUGGCACGCAAUACUUUGUGUGUACCUGCUACAAGCGCUCCCUCAGAGCGUCUUUUUAGCACAGGAGGGAAUAUUGUGACUUGCACUCGCUCAGCCUUGAAGCCAGAAAAAGUCAAUAUUCUGGUUUUUCUAGCAAAAAACCUGUGAGCCACUGAGAACAGAACUGUUGGAUAAGUAUGGCUGGCAGUGCCAUACUCGUAGUGAACUUUAGUCUGUGUGGUGUGUUAUUGUUGUGUACUGUGAGAUAAGUGAGGCUCAUCUAUUUUAUAUUAUAAUAUUCAAAUCGUUUAUAAAAAAUAGUUUGUCUAAAUUAAAAGUGCAUUUCUCAUUUUUUAUUUAUAACUUUAUUUACUUUGAUUUUACAAAAAUUUUCAAAGCAAAUUCCUUGUUUCAGUGUGUGAAAUGUUACUGACUUGGGAGCAGUAAGAUACAUACAAUUUAAAAUUAUUUGUUUUCUUAAGACUGUACCUUUUGCACACAGUGUUUACAAAGUUCAUGCUUUGUUUAAAUUAUUUAAAUGCACAGUGGCAAAGCCACAGAUGUUUCUGUAAUGAGCAGUUCAAUAAAAAGUCAUUUAUUUCAAGUCAUACAUGUUUGAAUUUAAUUCUAACAAAUAGACCCAGCCUAUGGGAAAGAACAUUUCACACUAAAUGUAUAUACUUGUGUUGGUCAUAUUUAAAUCAUUCAUUAUGUUUUGUAGGGGAAAAAGGAUAAAAUUAAAUCGCAUAUUAAAUCGCAAUCGCAAUAUUGGGGGCAAAAAAAUCGCAAUUAGAUUAUUUUCCAAAAUCGUUCAGCCUUAAUACAUACUAUACAUUAAAAGACCAUUAUAAACUGUGUGGUUGGAGCCCUGAAUGCUGAUUGGCUGAAAGCCGUGGUAUACCACGGGUAUGACAAAACAUUUAUUUUGACUCCUCUAAUUACGUUGGUUACCUGUUUAUAAUAGCAAUAAGGACCUCGGGGUUUGUGGUAUAUGGCCAAUAUACCACGGCUAAGGGCUAUAUCCAGGCACUCCGCGUUGCAUCGUGCAUAAGAAACACCCCCUCAUGCCUUAUUGCUUAAUUAUACCAUGGCAUUGUUGAAUACUUAUUUCUCAUUGGCUUGAAGGGCAUUGUAGAGCAGCAUUAUUUCCCUAUAACGCCAGUAUAUUUGCACGGUAGAAUUCAAUAGCUAUAGUUAAUUCUACAUGUUUGAGCUGCUUUGAAAGCAAAAGUAGACUUGAAAACAUUAUUGGCAUUGUUGAAAAUCAAUUUUAUAAUGGCAAGUCUCUUUGUUUGGUUACCACGGCAACUUCUGUAGCUAUCUAGUAAACUUGCUAGCUUCUUCAUGGAUGUUGAACACAUUUCUACUGGCAAAUGAACACAUUUGUAGCUGCAAAUGUGGUCAAUUAUAGCCAUUGUAUAAAAGGGAUAAUCAACUCGGGACUCUAUGCGUUCUCUGGAAAAUAAUGCAACUGUGUGGAAGGUCAGUUCCACUCCACUGGGCGUGUCAUGGAACCAGUGGCGGCUCCUGAAAAAAUUCUCAGGAGGGGCAAUUUUUCUGAUGAUUAGGUGACCUACACACAUUUUAAAAAGAUAUGUCCAGCAACAACAUGAAGACAGGGGCAGCAUAUAAGUCAAUACCAAGAAGCAUUUAUUGACUGAUCUCAAAGUGUUGCUUACAAAAGCAAAAUAAGUUAUCACAGUAAAAAUAAUCAAGGGUGUUCUUUCACAUUCCUCAACACUGCAUAAACAAUAUGUAUGGCUUUGUAAAAAUGAACAACCAUAUUCUGGCCAAUUGUAUAGAUUUGUAAAUAUGAACAACCAUAUUCUGGCCAAUUGUAUAGAUUUGUAAAAAUGAACAUGAACAGAUUUUUUAUUUUUUGAAUGGCAGUACCUUUCAAACAUGUCUGCUUGCAGUAAGGUAGCACUCACAAGGUGGCCAGAGAAAGAGAACCUUUCUUUGGUGUGAUCCAGGAUGGUGUUGCAGACCUCUUCAGACAGCCUCUGCUUCUCCUUUCUCUCAAAGGCUGUUCUGGGUCUUUUGGCUCCUGUUGCUUCUUGCAGCUGCUGUGAGAGGAGUCCCUGAAGGCAAACAGACCAAUGUGUUUGUUGGCUUGUACGUAUUGUUGUCUAUGUGAUGCACAGUAUAUGCAAUGAUCCAUGUAUAGUACAAAUACUUCAGUUCCACUUAAAAUGGGCAGGGAUGCAUAAGUCUUAGUGUUUAGUAGCCUUUGUGUCUCACAUAGCCUGGAUGUUCAGCACAGUAUACAGUGGUGCUCAUAAGCUUAUGAUCCAUGCUAAAGUUGACUAAAAAGGAAUAAAAAAGAAAAGAAAUUGGUUGUCCUUAAAGGUUGGAUUUUCCAACUUUUUAAUAAGUCAUUAAGAUCAAUUUCCAAAAGAUGAUUUUUUUAUUCCUCUUUUUAGUCAGCUUUAGAAUGUGUUCAUACACUUAUGAGCACCACUGUACAGUACACAUAGUAUAUAAAAUAAGAUAGAUUACACCACUGGCAUAUAUAAUGACAAUAAUGUAAUUCAAACACAAAUGCAGUCUCCUUUCAUGCAUACAUUUUCAAAUAAAGCUCUGCUUUGAGAAAGAUCGAAUGAUAUUGUUUAAUCUUAUCUACCUUAUGGCCUGCACACUGCUUGCGAAGCUGUCGAGGGCACGUUUGAUAAAGACAGCAUCGAUGUCCUUAUUCUGUAGCUUCUGGUUCGGUGGGCUGGUCAAAUGAACCCAAUGAACCCGUCCGAUGGCUUCAAAACAUUCUAUGAGGUCGUCUCGAUUCUCGUAGACAGUGUUCACGAUCUGCUGUUGCUAACCUCAUCGUUGUGGCGGCGGACAGCUAGCCUGUAUCCCUCAUCCAGUUGAGUGGCAAUAUUCACUCUCACCAAAGCAGACAAUCUCAAACAGCUAUCAAUGUGGGUCUUUGACAGCUCAUUUUCUAAUCUUUUCUGAAAGAUGGUGCAUGUCGGUUACACCAGUCGCUGUCCAAGCGUUGCUGUCUGCCGUUCAUGGUUACGUUACGUUACGUUAUGACGAAAGCGCGUAGUGCAAGCCCUCAGACACCCAUAGAGAAUGUAUUGAAAGCUCAGAAAUUUGAAAAAAAAAUAUUUUACAUUAGAGGCUAUGAGAGACUUCUGGGCGAUUUUCAACUGACUGAAAUCGCCCCAAAACGGGCGGGGACAUUUGAAGCACGACUUUAGCCUGAUUGGACAUUAGUGGCUGGCAGAUCAGACGUGAACACUGAACUACUGUUGCCAUGAUAUAAUUGAUUAGAAAAAAAUCCCUUCCUUUUCCCGUUUGGCAGUGCGUCGCCCAUAUCGCCCUAUGAACACACCGCCCAUGCAUGGAAACACACCUUCCACGUCGUUCAUUAUUUUCCAAAGAAUGCAUAGCCCCUCAUUGAUUAUCCCUUAUUUAUUUAACAAUAGAUUGCAGUAUACAGUAUUUAAAGACCAUGUGUAGAUGACCACUUAUCUGUAUCCAUACCCAUUGGAUGCGGUGAUCACAAUAUAUGGCUAUAUCUAGGAGAACCAAGGUUCCAAAAGCUGGGCCUAAUAUUGUGUAUAAGAGAUCAUACAAACGUUUUUGCUGCGACUCCUAUGUGGAUGAUGUAAAAAAAUAUUUGUUGUUCUGAUGUGAUUUAAUAAGGAGACAUCCAGACGCUGCACUUGAUGAGUUUCUGAAAUUGCUUCUUACAAUUAUUGAUAAACAUGCACCUGUUAAGAAACUGACUGUUAGAACUGUUAAGGCUCUGUGGAUUGUUGAAAGAGAUUGGGCAAAAGGAGGGGCUAACAAGUCUGGCUGCACAUCUGACGAUGACUUACUGCAAAUGCGAAAUUAUGUGACUAAAUUUAACAAAAAUAAAAAAACUGAUUAUAUGAUGGAAGAUGGAAAACUGUGGCUUACUUUAAAUGAAAUUAUUAAUCACACAACCGUUUGAUGUUGCCAAUAUUUUAAUGAUUACUUAAUUGGCAUACUUAAGCAGGAAGGCCCAAAAUGAACAGUGAGCCAUUGUAUCAUGCAUAAAAAAAACAAAUAAUUAAAGAAAAGCAUUGUAAGUUAGAAUUUUGUAAUGUUAGUGUGGGACAGGUGGAAAAAGUAUGUUAUUGAUCAAUAAUGACAAACCUCUUGGCAUUGACAACUUAGAUGGAAGGCUACUGAGGAUGGUAGCUGACUCUAUGGCCACUCCUAUCUGUCAUAUAUUUAAUCUGAGUCUAGAAGAAGGUGUUUGUCCUCAGGCCUGGAGGGAAGCCAAAGUCAUUCCGCUACCAAGACUGGUAAACUGGCUUUUACUGGUUCUAACAGAGACCUAGAAGCUUACUGCCAGCUCUUAGCAACCUGUGGAAAAAAUUGUGUUUGACCAAUACAAUGCUAUUUCUCUGUAAACAAAUUGACAACAGACUUUCAGCAUGCUUAUAGAGAAGGGCACUCAACAUGUACUGCACUGACACAAAUGAUUGGUUGAAAGAAAUUGAUAAUAAAAAGAUUGUGGGAGCUGUACUGUUAGUUUCAGUGCAGCCUUUGAUAUUAUUGACCAAACCUGUUGUUGAGAGAACUUAUGUGUUAUGUAUUUCAACUCAGCUCUGAAUCCAUGUUAUGGCAAUCUAUCUAAUAGAACUCAAAUAGGCUUUCUUUAAUGGAAAGCUUCUCUAAUGUCAAACAUUUAGGGUGUGGUGUACCGCAGAUCAGUUCUCUUAGCCUCUACUUUUUUCUAUUUUUACCAAUGGACAUGCCACUGGAAUUAAACAAAGCCUGUGUGUCUAUGUAUGCUGAUGAUUCAACCAUAUACGUUUCAGCAACACAGCUAAUGAAGUCACUUAACUUCAACGCUUAACAAGGAGUUGCAGUCAGUUUUGGAAUGGGUGGCCAGUAAUAAACUGAUCUGAACAUCUUUAAAACUAAGAACAUUGUAUUUGGUACAAAUUAUUCCCUAAACUCUAGACCUCAGCUGAAUCUGGUAAUGAAUGGUGGUGACUGUUGAACAAGUUGAGGAGACAAAAUUACUUGGUGUUACCUUAGAUUGUAAAUUGUCAUGGUUAAACAUAUACAGUACCAGUCAAAGUUUGGACACACCUCCUCACUCAAGGGUGUUUCUUUAUUUGUACUAUUUUCUACAUUGUAGAAUAAAAGUGAAGACAUCAAAACUAUGAAUAACACAUAUGGAAUCAUGUAGUAACCAAAAAAGUGUUUUAACAAAUCAAAAUAUAUUUUAUAUUUGAGAUUCUUCAAAUAGCCACCCUUUGCCUUUAUGACAGCUUGCACACUCUGUGGGACCCAGGCUUUCGCAACAGCUAAUGGGGAUCCUAAUAAAAACCCCCCAGAAAUACCAAUCAUGUAUAGAUCUCAGGGGUAUAGGAAUAAAUGGUGACUUUUUACUCUUUCAUUCCCCCUCUUUCUCUCUGUUACAUAGGUGUUUAACAAGCAGUUGGAGAGUCAGUGCUCUGAGUUGAGUUCUGCCCUACGUUCUCUUUCUGUGGAGAAUCCAAGCUACAGACUUGAACACCAGGCUAGAUUAAGGUACUGCCUCUAGCCCGCUUCUCUCACACCACACACACACACACACACACACACACACACACACACACACACACACACACUAGUACAGGCUACAUGUUAUUCUAUUCCUGUGUCUCUCUCAGGCAGAGAGGAGUCGUGUGGCCAAGCAGCUGGCAUGAGCAAGACCUCCUGCUGGAAGAAGCCAGACGCAACAUCCAGGCAGAACUGAAGGGGGCGCUAUCAGCUAAAGUUAAAUUGCAGAUGGAGCUGUGGGUGCUAAAGUUAAACUGCUAAUACUCAUAGGAAUGAAUAAUCUCUAUGAAUAAGGAAUGAAUAGGAUCUCAAUGAUAAUGCUAGCCACACACAUCCACACCUCUCUUUAUGCUCCACAGGGAGACUCUGAAGGUUGACCACGCCCAACUUCUGCAGAGUUCCACAGUUGCCCAAGAGACCGUUGUCACUCAGCGGGAGCUGUUGGAGCGUACCAUUGAGAGGUUGCGAGGGGAUCUGGACUCGGCUGUAAAGGAAGGGGAGGUCGUGAGGACAGACAGGGACAGUGCAAAGACUGAGGUGCAGCUGCCAUGUCUCUUAGAAAUACAUAGCCUAAGAGUACAAGGUUGUUAAAGCUUAACUGGGCUUUGCAUUGUCUCUUUUAUAGUGUCUGUGGAUUGUUCUUAAAUGUUACAGUAUGUCCCUAUCUCUCUGUCUUUGGGUCACAGAUGCAUUGUGGUCACCAAGCUAGAGUGUGAGAGGAGUGCUCUGGAAACGCAACUUGCUAAAGUCAAGGUACUGUACUGCCAAGCUCUCUGAUAAUCUCUGACAACGAUUCAGACUGAUCUCAGACCUUCAUGAAAAUGGCCUACACAUUAACAGUGAACACACUUCGUGUCCGAAUCUGACCAUAGCUUCCUUAACUGUCCUCUGUCCACUUUGCAUCUGUGUGAUUGACAGUUGGAGGCAGGCACUCUGAGCUCCACCUUGCAGAAGCAGGAGGAAGAGAACAGGAGGCUCAUGGGAAAGCUGGUUGCCAUGGAGCACCAGCAGGUGAGAGAUCCAUUCAGUAUCUACAGACUGGGGUCACAUCACUUUCAAUCUGUCCAUCCAUAGGAAUUUGUGUAUGUAACAUACUUUCUCUAUUAUUUUCUUUCUUCAUCCUGACAAUUUCCUCUUUCCCCUCACCUCUCAACGCAUGGUGUCCUCUUUACCCAGAAUGCUCAGCAGCAGGUGGAGCCAGAUGCUGAAGGAGCUGACGGACAUUAAGAACAACCUGGCCUAUGAAAAAGGGGAAGCUACAGGUAAGGAGUUUACACUAAAACCAGUGGUGGAAAAAGUACAACAAUUAGUAUCAAAAGUAAAAGUUUUACAUUAUUAAAAUUCCUAUACUAAGCAAACCAGACGGUACAAUUUUCUUGUUUUUUUAAUUUCGGAUAGCCAGGGGCACACUCCAACACUCAGACAUAAUUUACAACUAAGCAUGUUAUUUAGUGAGUCUGCCAGAUGAGAGACAGUAGGGAUGACCAGGGAUGUUCUCUUGAAAAGUGCGUGAAUUGGACCAUUUCCUGUCCUGCUAAGCAUUAAAAAUGUGUCAGGAAAAUGUAUGGAGUAAAAAGUACAUUAUUUUCAUUAGGAAUGUAGUGAAGUAAAGUAGUCAACAAUAUAAAAAUGAUAGUACAGUACCCCCCAAAAACUACUGAAGUAGUACUUUAUUGGUAUUUUUACUUAAGUACUUUACACCACUGACUAAACACACCGACCACACCUGUUGAUGUGUGUGGCGUUCAUGUAUCCUCAUGUUGAAGUGUAUUUCCUCCUAAUGCUCUUCCUCUCAACUAGACCAGGGUAGAUCAACUUCAGGAGGAGCUGCAAGCUUUAAGGGACACCCAUGUAGAAAGUGUCCAACAACACAAGCUGAGCUCUGUGUUAGAGGACAAGUACACACAGGUACACCACUCAUGGUAGUAUGUAUUCAUGUGGUAAUGUAGUAAUGGUUCAUAUGUCAAAAACAAGUUGACUCCAUAACAUACACCUGUCUACUCCCCUACCCGGUCAGCUCUGAAAUGAGCACCCUGAAGACAACCUGUCAUAAACUGGAGGCUCAGCUCAGACAGGCCAGGCUGCAGUCCAGGUGAAGGAGGGGGAGGUGACGUCAGUGGUGGCAGCCAGAGACGAGGCUCUGAGGGACAGCCGGACCCUGAGGGGACAACGGACAAACUGCAGGAGCAGCACGGGGACAAGGUCAGAGGAAUAGUAAAAUGGUUACCCAACCGGGUCCUGGAGAGUCUUUGUUCAAGAUAUUUUUACAUUUACAUUUUAGGGCAUUUAGCAGACACUCUUAUCCAGAGCGACUUAAAGGAGCAAUAGGGUUAAGUGCCUUGCUCAAGGGCACAUCGACAGAUUUUUCACUAGUCGGCUUGGGGAUUAGAACCAGCGACCUUUCGGUUAUGGGACAACGCUCUUAACCACUAAGCUACUGAUUCUGCUCUGUGUAUUUGUCCUGUAGCUGUGUGAGCUGGAGGGCUGGCUGGGUGUCUCCCCUCAGGGUGGGGGCAGUGUGGGCUCAGACCCUGGAGAACGUUUUGGCCUCCCACUCCCAUCGCAACACAACACUGAGACGGUACAGAAGGAGCUGGGGGGACAGAGCAGGAGCUGGCCUCACUCAGGAGAGACAGGAGGUGUCUGUCUGUCUGUAUUGUGCAUGUAUAUGGGUGUAUGUUUUAACAACCCAUGUGUUUGUCAGACUGCAGAGUCAGAGAGAGAUUGAAACUACAGGCAGAGGUGGAGAAGCUCCAAGACAUCAUGGCAACAACUCACUCCAAGAUAAAACAAAUGGUAACUACAUCAUUAAUGUCUCAUAA